UGAAAGUAACAGCUGAUCAACUCUAAACACGUGACUAAUCGUUAAUCAUUCUCACGUGUUCAGUAUAAUCAAAACAAAAUCUUGGAUCCCGUGAUGCAGUGACUUCGGUUAUCAACAGGACGGUUUAUACAAUGAUCAUUUUAUUCGUAAUUGCUACUUUCUUGCCUUGCAUCUUAUCAUCAUCGCAAGAGAAAAAUGCAUCGGUCAUUUGGGAUGCAAAUUCUAAUAAGUUUUUGAUUCGUGACUCCAUUGUAAACAAUUCUGUUGCUUGGGGUAAUUUUAAAGAUCAGAUUGCUGAAACAGGAUGGUCCCUUUUAGAAGUGCACACAAAUGCAUCUUAUAAUGAUUCCUUUCAAGCAUAUGCCGCUGGUCUUGUGGAAGGGUACUUAACAGCUGAUUUGAUCAGUAAACAUUGGAAUAAUCUAUAUGCAAACUAUUGCAAAAAUGAUCAAGUUUAUUGUAAAAAACUACAAAACUUUUUAGAAAUAAACAUGAAUUUUAUGAAUAAUCAAAUUCGUCGCAAAAGGUCGCACACUUAUUGGCAUCAGGUUGCAUUGAUAUUAGAACAAGUUCAAGGAUUACAAGAUGGAUAUAAGAAAACCCCAUCCCUCCCUAAUACCAAUCCAAAUGUGAUGGGUGUUAUGUUUUUUAACUUCUUUGGUGAUUUGGAAGACUUAGAAGCUCUACUUAACAAAACAACAAAUAAAAAGCUAUUGGGAAGUGGUCAUUGUUCAGGUUUAAUUAAGCUUUUAAAGAAUCACGAAGAUCUAUAUGUAGCACAAGAUUCCUGGAAUACAUAUCAGUCAAUGCUGAGGAUACUUAAAAAAUAUGUCUUUCCUUUCAAAACUUCUCCUUCAAAAAAAGGUAAGACAAUACCUGGUCAUACAAUGAGUUUCUCUUCCUAUCCAGGAACUAUUUUUUCAGGAGAUGAUUUUUAUAUCAUAUCUACUAGACUAGUUGCUUUAGAAACUACUAUUGGAAACAGCAACACUAGUUUAUUCAAGUAUAUUCAACCAGACAAAAUUGUUCUUGAAUGGAUUAGAAAUAUUGUUUCUAACAGACUAGCUACGUCUGGUCUUGAAUGGGCUUCUUUGUUUAAACUUUUUAAUAGUGGAACAUAUAAUAAUCAAUGGAUGAUAGUUGAUUUUAACAAAUUUUCUCCUGGCACCGUAUCAAAGAAUGGAUUGCUAAUUGUGUUAGAGCAGCUGCCAAAUUGCAUUGAAUACGCAGAUAAAACUGAACUUCUUUUAGCACAAGAGUAUUGGCCAUCCUAUAAUAGUCCUUCAUUCCCUAAAAUCUUUAACAUGAGUGGAACUCAAGAAAUGGUUAAAAAGUAUGGAAAUUGGUUUAGUUAUGAUAAAACACCCAGAGCUCUCAUAUUUAAACGAGAUCAAGGAAAUGUUGACAAUUUGACAUCUAUGACAAAAAUUAUGAGAUAUAAUGAUUUUAAGAAAGAUCCUUUAUCUCGUUGCAAUUGCACUCCACCAUACAGUGCAGAAAAUGCAAUUGCUGCUCGUUCGGAUCUUAAUCCUGCAAAUGGAACUUAUCCUUUUUCUGCUUUAGGACAUCGUGCUCACGGAGCUAUUGAUAUGAAACUCACUAGCUAUUCUUUGCAAAAAGAAUACCAAUUUAUUGCAUAUGCUGGUCCAACGUAUGACCAACAGCCACCUUUCCAAUGGAGUAAAAGUGAUUUCAUAAAUAUUCCUCAUCAAGGUCACCCUGAUUUAUGGAAGUUCAAUCCUUUAGUUCACCAUUGGUUAGACAUUUAAAAAAAUUCACUAAGAUAUCAUCAUUAAAGUACAAUUUAUUGAUUAUAUUACUGAUUAUAAUAUAUAUGAUAAAUAAUUAUUUUCUAAACAGAAAAACAUUGCAUGCAAAAUUUCAUAUUGUUCAGUUUAUUUGUAAUAAUAGUUACUUUAAGCUGUUGUAAUAUUAAGUUCAAAAUACUGUUAGAAAUUUCUUCAAUCCUUUAUUUGAUAAUCUUCAGCUUACAAAAUACAGUAUCUAGAACAAUAAUUUUUCAAAGAAUUUUGAAAGUUUACUACAUGAAAUUGCAAUUUAUUGUAUUAUCAUAAAUUUUUGUAUAAAAAUUGAUCUUUGAAGCUUGAGAAAUCUCAAGAUCAAUUUAUUUGGUGGCUAACAGAAAUACUACAUACAAACCUCCAUGACAACAUGUCUGCACAUUAAUGGUCAGAGUUUCUCACUAGAAAUGGUACUAAUGUGCUUCCACAUCUCACCUAUUCACUCAACUUUCAGCCCUUUGAAAUUGUUACCUCUUUCGACUGAUGAAACAACAUCUGCAAGAAUGUCAGUUUGAGUUUUCAAAUGAGGUAAAAGUAGCAUUGUAAGAGAAGGCUUCCAGAAGCUGUUCAAGCACUAGGAAAAGUGUAUCAUCACCCAAGGGGAUUAUUUUGAACGUGGUUGUGUGUCGGUGUUUUAAACUAUUCAAGGCAGACACUAAAGCCCAUAUCAUCUAAGCUAAUUAUAUAAACCAAAUCAAAUUCAGGUAGAUAUAGAUACUUGAUUAAUUUUGAAUUUUAAUAAAAUAAUUUGAAAAUUCUGAAACAAAAGAUUGAUCCAGAAUGGAAUUUGAACUUAUUUCUAUAAUACUAAUGCAAAAUACCCAACACAUUACCAGUUAUACUUAGAUUUCCAGCUUGAUCUUCACUUCCAAAACAUACAUUAAUUUUUAUUUACUAUAUAACUAACUACACUAGCUAAUUAGCACUAUACACUAGCAUAUGAUCAAAUUAGUCAUAUUAUUUAAUUCAAAAUUAAUCAAGUAUAUAGCCUUAUCUUUGUCCAUCAAUAAUACUCAUGAGAAAUAAUUUAAGAACAAUUUUUAUUUUUAUUUAAUGAACAUAAAAUUAUAUAAACCAAUUUAGAAAAAACUCAAUUCUUCAAUAUCAACACUCAUAUCAUCUGAAGUGUAUGUAUCUCUCCAACAUUCAUAAUGGUAAUAAAAUUGCAUUCUAGGCAUUA